UCUCAUACACACACACACCCUUCCUGGAGGUGCUGGGAGCAGCUGCAGCAUUAGCGGCGGGAAGAGAAGCCGUUGACUGGAGUUUGCCCCCCCCCCACCACCUCCACCCGCCCUCCCCGACCGACUCUCUCACACACAAGCGCCCCCCUCCCUCCCUCCCCUCCACCCACCCCUGCGUUAAUGAAUGGAUGCUACGGCUAACGGAUCGCCGCCGCCGCCGCCAUCGAGGCUGGAUGUCUAUUCUUGACUUGAUUUCUUUCUUCUUCCUAUGCUCUCCUGUUUUGGCUUGUUUUUGUUGUCUCCCUCCCUCCCCGCCCUUCACUCGUGUUUGUCAAGGGUGGAGAGAAAAAACAGAAGGACGACGGGGGUGUCUGUGCGUGCGUGCGUGCGUGCGUGCGUGUGUGUGGCGGCGGCGCUCGACGGGGAUAAAGAUGGAGGUGAACGUGGCGUCCCCGCCGCUCGGCGUACUACCGUUGGGCUGAAUGCAGGAGCUUUGAUUUGGAUACAUUUUUUUUUGCCGCCUUUCCGGACAACGCUGAGCUAUUGUCAGGCCUCGAUGGGAAAGGAACAAUCCUGAAAACGACAUCCACCCCCCUCCCGCCCCCUCCACCCUUUCUCUUUUGAUUAUAUUUACCCCAUUUCACCUCCUUCCUACCUUCCCUCAACACCCCCACCUCCCCUCCCCCGCAUCGGAGCGUAAUGUGCCCCCCCGCGCAUGCAAAUGGUGGCCGGGUGAUGCCUCCCGGGAGGGAGCCCGCCACGAGCCGCCGCCGCUGCCUCCACCGCCGCGUCGCUGUUCGUCAAUGAGACGCACGCCACUUCUUCCUGCCAUGUCCAGUGGGCCAUCGCUCUAGCGGGACGCUCGCUACCCCAUGAGGGGGAGGCGCUGAGCCCCUGAGGUUGGUCCACCUCCCCCCUGCCCCCCCCUCUUCACCACCCCUCACCCCCCCCCCCCCACCUCCCCUAAAAAAAAAAAACAAGGGGGUCACGAUGAAGAAGAACCGCAACGUGCGGCGGGCCUGGGCCGGCUCGGAGAAAGACAUCCGUGUGCAGAAGCAGCACCUUCCUCCACCUCCUCCUCCCCAUUUCUCGCCGUCCCCGCCGAGUUUUCGGGCAUCAGGUGACGUGUCGCCCAUCAGCAUGUCGCCCAUCAGCCAGUCACAGUUCAUCCCGCUGGGCGAGAUCCUGUGCCUGGCCAUCUCGGCCAUGAACGCCGCCCACAAGCCCGUCAGCCAGGAGGCUCUGGUGGAGCACCUCACCGCCAGCUUCCCAGGCGUGCCCACACCCAGCGUGGAGGUUCUGCGACACACCCUGAACAUGCUGGUGCGAGAAAGAAAGAUCUACCCGACUCCAGAGGGCUACUUCAUCGUCACACCCCAAACCUACUUCAUCACGCCGUCCCUCAUCCGAAGCAACAACAAGUGGUACCACCUGGACGACCGGCUGCAGGAGCGACAAGCGACGCCGCUGGCGCCGCCGCAACCUCAGCAGUGUACUUCGCCCAAGUCGGGGAACGUCACGCCGUCGGCGCCCGCUUGCCCGUCGGAGAAGCCCUCCCGGAAGAAUCACAGCGACUCGUACAAUUCCCGACGCGACGAGCCGCCGCCGCCGAGGCUUCAGAGUAAGACGCCGAAGGAGCAGCAGAGUAAGACCCCCAAGGACCACGGCCAAGCUCCGGCGAGCAAGGAGCAGCGAGGAGAACCGCCGUCCUACCCCUACCCGCCCCCCCUCACGUCCCCCCCUGUCCAGAAAGAUCCGGCAGACAAGAGCAAAAGCGUGACGUCCUUCCCGUACAAAACGGACACCCUGACCAAAAAGAAAGAGGCCAGCGGAAGCGGCGAGAAACAAUCCAAGCGCUUCGGCCUGCGCCUCUUCCGCCUGAGCUUCAAGAAGGACAAGAUGAGGCAGCUGGCCACUUUCUCGGCGCAGUUCCCGCCGGAGGAGUGGCCGUUGCGCGACGAGGAGGUCCCCGCCGCGCCCAUCCCCCGCGAGAUCGAGAUGGAGAUCAUCCGGCGUAUCAACCCCGACCUGACGGUGGAGAACGUGGCCCGCCACACGGCCGUGAUGAAGCGGCUGGAGGAGGAGCGGACGCAGAAACACAAGGCGGGCUCGUCGGCGCAGCACAGCGCCCGCAGCCGACGGGGCCGCGGCCACCGGCGGGUCCCGCACGGUAAGUCUCGCUCGCACAGCAAGCCGAGGACUUCCCGAGGGGAGCCUUCCGAGGGUUCCAACUGGGAUCUUCUUUUCAUGGAAAGGGAUUACCGCUUCUUCAGCCACUCGCUGGUCCGCUCCCCUCGGGAGGCCAUGUACACCCUGGAGCGGCGGCGUAGCGGCGGCGGCGGCGCCGCCACGUACCUCGUCCACAGCAACCCCAACAUCACAGAGUCCUCCUGCCCCGUCACGCCCGAGUGGGACGUGUCCGGGGAGCUGGCCAAGAGGAGGACGGAGAUGCCCUUCCCCGAGCCCUCCCGGGGCACCUGCCAGUCUAGGGUGCAGAGGAGUCACAGUCACAAUCAGGAGCGCAAGUCGCGCCACGACCGCUCGGACCAGGCCAAGGAGCGCUCGCGCUCCAUGGACAAUUCCCUUAAAGGGCCGUCGCUCGGCCCGCCCGAAGACUUUGAGGCCGGAGCGGACGAGCGGGGCGGCGUUGGCGGCGGCGGCGGCGCCCACUACUACACGGACGACGGCACCCUGCGCGCCUCGCAGAAGUCGGCCCACUACUCAAGGAUCAUGUUCUCUGCUGCUAAGUUCCACUCGGAUUUCAAUGUGCCUGAUUUGGGGAAAGGGAGCGCGGACGAGUUGAGGCUCCGCAGUAGCGCCGAGAGGAACAAGAGCAGAGACAGUCUGCCGUCCUACAACGAGCUCAUGGGACUUUCUCCCAAGCCCUCGGCGGACGAAUACUUCCAGUGCAAUACGUCAAACGAAACAAUCCUAACUGCCCCCUCGCCUCAGGCAAAAUCAGAAUAUGACACGUUAACCUCAUCGGGAGGACGCCGAAAGGGCUCUCCGGCAGACCGCCAAACGCCUCGCCUCACUUCUCCGCACAAGGUGGAGUACAAGGAGGACUUGUCGGCGGCCAAGGGUCAAAACGGCGGCGGCGGAUCGCUGCGACUGACGCCGAGCCAGACGCCGGAGCCGGCGCAGAGCGCCCGCCUGACGCCGCACCAACACAACGUGGACCCCGGCGGGGGCGGCGGUGCCAUCAAGAGGAAGGAGAUCUUCAGCAAGGACACCUUGUUCAAACCCCCCCCACACAAUGCCUUGUCCGCGGGCUACGCGGACAGCAGCUACACCAAGUCUGGCACAUUGCGGAAAGCCUCGCACGCCAAAUCAACAGAGGCCCUCGACAAUCCUGAGCCCCAGCAGCCUUCCAAUUCCGCCUCGGCCUCGCCCGCCAUGUUGCAGGCCUGCCUCGAGCCAACCGUCCCGCCCGCCUCCUUCGACUACUACAACGUCUCGGACGACGAGGAUGACGAGGAGGCGGAGGAGGACUCGCACAAAGAGUUGGCCAAGGCGGAGGACGGCAAGGACCAUCGGGAAGCGGGCGGUAACGGCGGCGGCACCGUUGUGGGCGGUGGCGGCGGUGGCGCCGGGGAGGGAACCAUCAAGUGGCUCCUGCAGCGGGAGAAGGAGCACGAUCUGCAGCGCAAACUGGAGAGCAAUCUAACCUUGCUCAGCCCCAAGGAGACGGAGAACGGCAGCAGUCAGAAGUCGGCCCACUCGGCGCGCUUGGACAGCAUGGACAGUAGCAGCGUCACCGUGGACAGCGGAUUCAACUCGCCCAGGACGCGCGAGAGCCUGGCGUCCAACACGUCCAGCAUCGUGGAGAGCAAUAGGCGGCAGAACCCGGCGCUGAGCCCCGGGCACCACGUGGGCCCGGGCGGCGCGGGACUGCCCUUCAGCUUCCGCGCCAUCCCCGAGCCGCCCGCUCCGUCGCAGCCCGACAAACUGCAGAAGCCCGCCAACUGCCUGGCCUCCAUCACCAGCGUGUAGAAGCCAGGGGACGACUUUUUUUUUUUUUUUUUUUUUUUGCUUUUCCUUAUUUUUUUUCUUCUGGUAUCUCACACAUUCACACACCUUGGGACUCCGGAGAAUCUUACUGGGACUGUUACAAACAAACAAACAAAAAACAGGCAUGGCUUCUAGAGACUGUUCCCACAGCUUCAACAAGAACUUGACUGCAAAAAAAAAAAAAAAAAAAUCAUAAGGAAAGGCCAGAAGACUUCACAGAAGACUUUUUGCUGACUUAUCUGGAGAUUUACCGGUAUGGGAAAGUAGUAGAGUAUAGGAUUCAAGUAACAUUUGGAAGCUUUUUCUAUCACCUCAUGUCCAAUUCAGUGUUCUUCUUCCCGAACAAAGGCUCAACGGAUCAGCACAAUGUGGAGACCACCACAAGAAGAAGAAGAAGGAGGGAUAAGGAAAGAUAAUACCGACAUAAAUCAGCUCUGGUUUGUGUGGCGCGAUGCAAAUGAUGUAAUGUAUACUCCAUACUUUUGAUAUCCUAAUUAUUAUAACGGUGGUAUUAAAGAUGCUAUGUGACCAAAAAGCA